GCAGGCAGCGGAAGAGGAAGCCCGCGGGCGAAGGGGUGGGCAGGUGUGUGGCUAGUGCACCUGGCAGGCGAUGGAGCACGCGGCUGGCUCCCCGGGGUAGCGCGGGCGAGUCUGUCGAACCGCCACCUCAGCUAUGGAGCUCCUGGGGCUGCUGAUUUUGGGUGUGCUGGCUUGGAGACCUGGCUCUACCUGGGCAGCCGAGAGUGCGGGCAACGCCAGUGAAGGUCUUCUGGAAUUUUCUGUGGGGAGAUUCAGAUACGUCAGCCUCAGCAGGGCCUUUCCCAAGGAAGCGAUUUUGCGAGAUAUUCCCAGCAAUGUAUCUUUUCUUAUUAUCCAGAUACACUCGCAGCAUCAGAAUACAACAAUUUCCUUUUCUAAGGUGCCCCUUCCCAAUGCCUCGGCGACAGGCAUGGACACAGGGCUGGUUUUGGCUCUUCAGCCAGAGCAGAGCCAGUGCUCCUGGCACCUACAGACUGGGGAGGCUGGGCCGGUGCAGAGCCUGGCAGUGCCAUUGUCCUACACUGAGAGAGACCCUGUUCCUGGAGGCUGCAACUUGGAGUUUGAUCUAGAUGUAGAUCCCAACAUUUACGUGGAAUACGAUUUCUUUGAAACAACCAUCAAAUUUGCUCCCGCAAACCUGGGUUCUGCCAGAGGCGUCAACCCCUUGCCAUGCGAUGUGAGUUCGGGCCAGGACUCCCGGUGGCGGCUGCAGUAUGACAUCUACCAGUACUUCUUGCCAGAGGGGGACCUCACGGAAGGGGCUGCGCUUCAGCACCUGCAGAGGAUGGCCGGUGUGGCCCAGGUGGCAGCCAAUGCCCUCAAGGUGGUGACCCUAACCGAGGAUGAUAAGACAACCAUGUCCUUCUCUUCCCUUGGUGGACAAGGGGUCAUCUACAAUGUCAUCGUCAGGGACCCAAUCCUGAACACAUCUGCUGCUUAUGUGCCUGUGCAUACGUACGCCUGUGGCCUUGGGACUCCACAGGGCGGCUGUUCAACCCUCGGACGAGUAUCUACCAAAGUGUUCUUCACUCUCUUCGCCCUGUUUGGCCUCUUCAUCUGUUUCUUUGGGCACAGAUUCUGGAAAACAGAACUAUUCUUCAUGGGGUUCAUCAUUGCGGGGUUCCUCUUCUACAUCCUGGUCACGAGGGUGACACCUGCUGCCUAUGAUGUGCGGCUGAUCCUCACAGCAGUUGUGGGCUGUAUCGGCGGGCUCCUUGUGGUGGCGGUGUGGUGGCGAUUUGGAACACUCCUGCUCUGCUUGCUAUGCCCUGGCAUGGUGCUGGGCACGCUGGGGUACGGCGUGCUGCUCCUCACUCCUAUGGGAAACCUAGGCGUCUUUCAAGAUGAUGCCGUGUACUGGGUGGCCUUCUGUUUGAUGGCUCUGAUCGUUCCGGUGAUUUUCCUGGCCUGCCUCCGUGUGAUGAACAUCCUGGCCUGUGGCCUUGUGGGCUCUUACACUGUGGUCUUGGCUGUGGGCAGUUACUCCUACACCAGCCUGUCUUUCAUCACCCUCAACAUUCUCAAGAGAGCACUGUACCCAGACUUCCGCCGAGCUUUCACUAGCGUGCCUUUGCAGACCAACGACUUCAUCCUGCUGGCCGUGUGGGGCAUGCUGGCCGUGAGCGGAAUAACCUUGCAGAUCCGGAGAGAGCUCGGGCAGCCGCCAUUCCCUCCCCACCCCUACAAGCUCUGGAAGCGAGAGCAAGAGCGCAGGGUGACAAAUGUAUUGGAUCCCAGCUACCACAUCCCUCCGCUGAGGGAGAGGCUUUUUGGCCAGCUGGCCCAGAUCAAAGAGCUCUUCCAGAAGGAAGAGUCCACCGGAGAGAGAACCCCCCUGCUUCUGUAGCUGCCCCCCUGUGCUGCUGUGGAAUGUGGUCUGAAUGGGCUCAGGGCUCUAUGGGGUGAAUCUGAACAGAGUCCAGCUUAGGGAUCUUAGCUCUGCCUGGUGCUAGGCUCCCAGUUGAUGCCUGGCAUGGGGGUACCAGGGAGAGGAGGCAAACACUUAGAAAGCGGAACACAAAGGUCAUGCUAGAGAGGCUUCUCCAUUCUUAAUACUUGAGGAAUUUCCUUGUUUAUAAAUGACUGACCAAUAUAUCUCACGAAGUAGAUACACUACAUAUUAGUAAAGAGCAGUGACUCCCCCCACACCCCGUUUCUUUUUAUAAUUCCACAAGCAAUUCUGUCACUUGAGUGCGUCUAAACUUGGUGGGGUGCUAGCUUGAGUCUUUAAUUGGUUACUGUGGUUGGAUCUGGAUCUGUAGGGAUUUGCUCCUGGCCUUUGAGCUUGGGAGGACAAAAGAAAGCCUAACUGCUCACCAUCUGAGGACCUGCUCACAUGCCUUUUCACUAGCAUACAUUAUCUAAAAGCCUUUUUUUGUUUUCUUCAUACCAGAGCACUACUGAGCUCUGUCUUAUGGUGGUGCAGGAGACUUGAAUCUGCAAAGUUGGAGCCUCAGGCAUGAGUCCCUUUGCAUAACCAUUAUGCUCUCUCCCUAAAAGAUUUUUUUUGUUUGCUUUAUUUUUGUGAUAAAAUACCAAAAAAAGGAAGUCGGGCGGUAGUGCAGUGGGUUAAGCACACGUGGUGCAAAGCGCAAGGACUGGCAGAAGGAUCCCGGUUGGAGCCCCCGGCUCUCCACCUGCAGGGGUGUCGCUUCACAGGUGGUGAAGCAGGUCUGCUGGUGUCUAUCUUUCUCUCCCCCCUCUG